AUGCAGAAGCAAGAAAAUGAGUCAAGCGACAGCCAAUUACAAACCUGUCACCAUCCAGCAAGUGAUGAUACAGUAUUACUUACCAGUGAUGAAGACAAAUCUAUGAGUACAAAUGAAGAAGAAUCUAUGAGUACAAAUGAAGAAGAAUCUAAGAGUACAAAUGAAGAAGAAUGUAAGAGUACAAAUGAAGAAGAAUCUAAGAGUACCAAUGAAGAAGAAUCUAAGAGUACAAAUGAAGAAGAAUCUAAGAGUACAAAUGAAGAAGACAGGGCUGAAGGGCAGAUGUACAUUGAAGAGAAGAUCCAUCCUGCAAACACAGAAAUAAAUUAUGGUCCUAACCAGGAUGAAGCAGAAGAUGAAAAUUAUGUCAUAGGAGAAGAUGAAAGAAAGAAAGUCAAGUUGUCGGAAAAUACUAAUCUACCCUCGCAAAAACGUGAAGACAGCAAAUCAGAAGAGGAUAGAGAAGUUGAGGAAAUAUUUAGUUUGACACAAACAGAACCCAUGAAUACCAACAUCAUAGUGGAAGAGAAGAAAAAUGUUGAGUACAAAGAAGUGGACAUGGAAACGAAAAAUUCUUCAAAUGCCGGUUUGUGCUUUAAAUGUAUCUGGUGCAAUUUAUAUAACUAAGAAGAAAGAAACAUUCCAAGAAUAUAGCACCCUUCAAAACAAAAUACAGUCAGAUUUAAUUUCAAAGAAUAAAUCAUAUAUUCCAAGAGAGGACUAUGAGGCAUUAGUUUCCGUUGCGCAAGGGGAACCUGAAAAGGAACUAUUAAAACAUACUUUGUGUAGUUCUCAGAAUAUUUCAAGAAGGGAAGCUAGUAAAGUGUAUGGGAUAUCAAAACUGAAAGAGAGCUAAUAAAAUCGACAAAACUGCGAUCGCUAUGAAGGAAAUAAAAGAGAGACACUCUGCUUUGGCAAAAUUAGAGAAAAAAACUUUUUUACUUUCUUGUGGGGAAAAUGUUGAUGAGUUCUUGACAAGUAGUAGUUCAGAUUCAUUUAUUGAAACAGAUACUGAACUUAGUUCAAGUGAUAGAGUGUAUUAAGUGAUGUAGAAGAAAAUACGUCGACUGAAAUCCAAGGCAACAAUGGUAUAUCAUAUACUACGAACAUAGCAGAUAAACAUAAAAGUGAGAGUAAUAUUCAAACAGCAGUGAACAUACUAAGAGAAGUGUCGUUAAAUUGGUUUGCUUUUGUUGUCCUAGUGCGGUCCAAGUUUGUUUCUGCAGACGGAGGUAUGCUAGAUUCGUUGAUGAUUGAAGUUGCCUCACGGUUGCCAGAACUUGGAUUUGAUGAAGAGGAAGUUGCGCUGAUCGACGAAUCACGGGUUGCUUAUUUAGAAACAAUUCGACAGAAUGAAAUUAACAUGGAAGCUAUGUCAUUUUCUUGUACCGACUCUAGUGCAGAGGAAUCAGAAGAAGAGAACCAGGAACGUAUUCAACACAAGGAGAAAUUACAGACAAAAUUACGAAAAAUAAAAGACCGGUCCAGAAAGAGAAUGGUUAAGGAAAUUGAGGGAAAACGCUUCCUUCGGAAGAAAAUUUCUAAAUCUACAAAAACCAUAUUGAAUAAGUACAGUGAUAUUGGUGAAAUCAUUGAGAAAAUUGUCGAAGAAUGUGAUGUAGGCGCCGAUCGUUGGCGCAGAACUGGUGUCUACACCUUUUCUGGUGAUGCUAAAUCGUCAAAGCGGAUUACUUUUGGCAAAAUUCAACGAAAGCUCGAAGAGCACUAUGGAAGGCGCUUCAGCUAUGGUACUGUAGUACAAUUGUGUGUCCCGAGACAUAAACGCCAUCGGUCGUCUAGGCGUUACUGCGGUGUUGCCAAUGUGAAGUACAUGAGAGCAAGAAAAGGAUUUACUUUGAAAUUUAACCCUGAUUGCAAAUGGUCUCGCUCAAUGUACAAGUCUUUAAAUAAAUUACAAACGGAUGGGAAGAACAUGGUGCUUGUGAAUAGAGAUGGCCAAGCAGGUUUUCGUCUGGAUUCCACCUUUACCCACAAGAACUACCCUUCGUUAUCCGUAAAGCCAACAGUUACAACUCGCACUGACUUCUUAAAUAAAUAUCAGGCUCAGUUGCAGGUCACAAGCUACAACUUCUCAAAGACUACAACAACAGACGAACGUUACUGUGUGCUGGGGUGGUAAAAGCGUCUGGGCUUCAUGAAAAGUCUCCUGCCCAGCAUGGAGCAGACAUGUCAGUUAUUGAAAGCAUGGAUGUGAUAGCGUCAGCAUUUUUAGAUGAUAACGGAGAAUACAAAGAAAUUGAGUGCGUUAGAGUGGAUGGCGCGACAGACGAAGGCCGUUCUCAUGCUGAAGUGCAAUUUAUCUGGUGCGAGCGCCAUGUAAACAGGAAAACAAAGGUAACACUUGUAACAACUCGGUGUAUCGGGGAUAGUUAUUUAAAUCGCGUCGAACUGCAAAAUGGAUGUUUAAGUCGUGGACACUCGAACACAUUCAUUCCGUCUACUUUACAUGGUGUGCCUUAUUCAGAAAAUGGGGAAUUUGAUAAGAAAUUACAUGGAAAGAACAUGUCUGCUGCCUUGGAUCAGUACAUUAGUCGAGUUGAUGGCACUCCAUGUAUGAAGACUGUAAUCCAUUUGGCAAGAGGUGCCGAAAACCAUGAUUUUGUGUCACGGAGAAGUAAGCUUAUGGUGUUUAUUAAAGGAAAUAAAACGGAAAAGCAAAAUUUGCAGAAGGAAGACCCUACAUUAUUUAAAUAUUUCUCGGAAAUUUGGAAAGUACGUGAUAAUCACAUGGAUAAAAGCUUGCCUGAAAAAUAUGUUUUUAUGCUGAGGUGUUGUGGUAAAUCCACGUUUAAUCCCACAUCCACGGUGUCAGGAAGGUACAGUGCGAUUGAAAAUUAAUACAGGCAAUUUCAGGAAUUUUACUUGAGUCAUAGCGAAUCUUUAUCUUUCGUUCUCUAUAGAAUCCCGAAGACAAAAUCCUGUAGUGGGUACGUCAUUUGCAGGCAGUUUUUGUUUCUGUGGUUUCUCUGAAGGGAAUAAAAGGUAAAUUUUCCUCUGUUUUACCAUGUUAGAAUCACAGGAUUGCCAUCCCUUUAACUAUUUAUUCAGCUGAUGAGAUUUGGGGUCCACCAGCUUUUUUCCUAGUCGUCCCAAAAACACUGCUAUCACGUUUCCUAGUCCAUUCAUUUUUAACAUUUAUUAUUGUAUUAUUUUUUAUUAUUAAUGUUUAAUAAAACAUCAUGCAUUGCAUAAAAUGCACUGCAUAAAAUGCACUUUUUAACUUGAUUUUUAGCUUUAUGAUUUGCUGUGAUCAGUGUGGUCAGUGGUAUCAUGGAAAAUGCAUAAAUGUCACAGAAGUGGAAGCAGAAACCAUUGAAACUUACGUCUUCAAUUCCUGCAAAGAACAUGGUACAGUAUGCAAUGUUUGCACAAUUUAUAUUUAACCAAACGUUAAACUAAACAUUUCUAUGAAAAAAUCUGGGGAUGGCUGGCCAACAGAAAUGUUUUUAAAUUUUGAGCUGAGCUUUGUUUUUAAAGGUAUAAGAAAUCUUCCAAUUCUUACAAGCUGGUAUCCAGAAGGGCCAUCAUUCAGUUUUUUCCCAUACCCAGUAGUCGAUGUUACACGAUCAUGGGGAAGGAUGGACUGCACAAGCUGCGUUGGUGUUUUCUGUGGUCAUUAUGUUACAGAUGUGUCACAGUUACUAAAUUUGCAUGCAGUUGGUAAAGCCAUAAGGUGUCCGCCACCGAGUGAAAUUUUAGCAGAAUAUUAUAGAAAAUUAAACGAUAGAUGCGUGGAGGAAGCAGAUGUUGACAUGCUUGCAAAAAAAUGUUUGCUGUCAUCAGAUGAUGUAAAGCUAUGGCUUGAGCAUUUAACACAGGUGUCAAUAAACAGGAAGAGAGGAGCGGAAAAAGCGAAAGCAACAAGAAAAAAGAACAAGGAAAAACUGUCUAAUUUAAAGAGGCUGUCAAGUCCGUUCUUGCUCAUGCGCGUGUUUUGUUUACAUUUUUGUUUCAAACAAUAGAUCAUUUAAUUAGAAUUCCUAUCUCUGGGGCCCACAGAUCGGAAUUUUAAUUAAAUUAUCUAUUGUUUGACACAAAGAAUUUUCCACUCCAGUGCAUGUCGUCAGUGGAACAAGUCAGACUUGUCAAUUAAGAGCAUUGCCUCUUAUGCAAAUUUUAGAAAAGUAAUACACUCUAGCUUUCAGGAACAAUAUUGUUCAAUUGAACACUUCUGCAUGGAAAAGACUUAUUAAAAAAUUCAGUAUUUGUACAAAUUUGGUAGAUUUAUUUUAUUGCAUAGCUUAGUGAGGACCAUCAUGAAAACUACUGGGUGACCAGUAAUGGUGUUUUUUACCCUCGGCAAAUAAAGUAUUUUGACUUUGACUUUGACAAAAAAUGUAAACAAAACACGUGCGUGAGCAGAACGGACUAGACAGCCUCUUCAAAAUGCCAUGGACACUUAAAUUCGCGGAGUGUUAGAGUUCAGGCAGACUUUAGGUUUGCAAAAUUGAAAUUAUUUUUCAAUAAUCCGAGUUUUAGGACCCCAUUUACACGGUACCGGACAAAUUUAGGUCGGGCUGAAAUUCGCCCUUUCUCGCUUGUUUACACGCGAAUUCGUCCUGCUUAAUAGGGGGUCUCAAAUCCAUCCAGUUCCGUGGUUCUUGUGUAUUAAACGGAAUGCCAAAACGGACAAAUUUCAGCCCGGUUCCAAAUUCGUCCGAUACCGUGUAAACGGGGUCUAAAUGUUUGCCACAUGCACAUUCAAAGUUUAGAUAUUUAGAAUUUUUUUUAUAUGAUAUUGAGUAUAAGGUCAAUUAAAGCUGCUUACAUUUUAAUUUUCCUCGGGGAGACAUUUUUGGGACACACUAUAGAAUCGAUCUUUUUCAAUCCGAAAGCAGGGAAUGAAAUUGCGCAAAUUUAAGAAUAAGCGAAAAUUAUUACCUGUGCAGGGUUCGAAUUAAUUCUGAAAAAAUAGUUCGUGAAUUAAUUUUUUUUAUUUUAAGGAUAUUUUAAGGAAUUUUCAAGGAAUUUUCUCUAAUUGGAAGUUAAAAAGUGGAAGCACUGCAAUUUUCAAAUAUAUAAAUAUAAUAUACCUCGCAAACUCGCAAAUAGAAUUUUGCAUGGGUGGAAUUAUAAUCGUAUACUCUUUGCCGACCGUAUGGUUUCGCAUUACAUUACGACUUAAUUUUUCUAUUGUAAAUAUCUCGGCGAGUAUUUACCCCCCUUUUAAAUAAAAGCCAUCAUUGAAACCCUUACAAAAUAACCUUUCGAACGGGGGGUUAAGUGCCGUCAAAACAUUACACAAACCGAAACAAUCAUAUAUUUACUCACCGCCUGGCCAAAGAUUCUGAAUUUCAUAUCCAGAUAAUCUUGAAUUCUCUUGAACUUUUCGUCAUGUCUGAGUGGCUAUAUGUGUAAUACUCUUUGUAUUCAAGCGCUUUCGUGUACAAAAUUUCGUUUGAAUACGGUGGUUCGUGAAAAAUGAAAAUUGAUUCGUGAUUCACGAAUCACGAACCAUUAUUUCGAACUCUGCUGUGCCAUGCGAAUAUAAUUUAUGAUUUCGUUGUUUAACCACUCUUAGCAAGAUUCAUGUUAUAUAAUAUUCCAUAGCAGUUUAAUUUAAUAUUAUAAUGUUAUUAAAUUACUAUGUCUAUGAUAUGCCAUUAAAAGUUUAAUUAACGUUUAAAAUCGUCCCGGGGGUGGGACAUUUUCCACUCUCAGCUUGCCCAGGAGCCGUGCAUUAGUCUCCUAGUUGUGUCCCGGCACCCGGGCAUUUGCACAAUCGUAACCGAUAAAAUCGAAUUCCCGGGUGUGUUCCCGGGGGGGGAUGGUUACUCCUGGAAUUGACUCAUGCAUUAUGCUCACUCCUGAGUCCGAUACAUGUGCAUAUUUACAUAAUAAUAAUUUAAAUAACAGCUAUUAAAUACGAUAUUACACUUACCAUGUUAUGUUUCUUUAUAUUUGACAAUGUCUUGCCUCGUAACACAGCCAAAAAUCCUGUAAAAUUCUGUUAUUUUUCGUCGCAAAUUUUGAGAAACUUUUAAAACCAAGAUGGCGGCGCUGCAUUUUUUCGCCAAGGCCUGGUCGCUAAGUUUUGAGAGCUGUUCCUAAAAAAUACGCGACUUUGUAAAAAGUCUCCUCUUAACUCUAUUGAUAAAUUCAAAAUGUUCCGCGAAUUUAUCAUAAUGAUAAAUUCGGACGUGUUUAAGAAUUUACUCAUAUAGUAAAUUCAAAGGUGGAGCUCAUGUUGGAGAAAGCAGGAGUGAUAUCUACAAAAUUUAAUGUAAAAUUUUGUGUCGAAAAUAACAUGCAACAUGAUCGGUUAAUACGUGUGUAAGUGUAUUUAUAACGCAAUAAUAAAAAUGCGCUGAGGUCUGGCGCACUGCCUUACUCGCUCUGUAUUUUUCCACUUCAUCUCUGCUUUUUAGGCAAAAUAUAAACAAACCUAUAAAUUUUUUAAAAUACAAAAUUUAUCAGAAAGCAAGAAAGAAUAGACAGAAGGAACAAAGUAGUUUCAUGUAUAGUUCUACGUAUCAGCUAAACCAGAAUUCAUCGUUUUUGUUUGUGUCUUAAUUUGACAAGACUUGAGGUAAAGCAACAAUUAACGAAAACCUUCGAUGGAAGCUAGGUGCAGGACGAAGAGGAAUUCAAAAUGCUACAGAGUACCACACGCAGAGAUCCGACUCCUUGUCGAUGCCAUUAAUGUCUGCAUAACUGUUUGUCGAACCACAAUUUCAUCAUCAAAGCUAUUAAACGUCGCACUCAUCGCGAGAACGUUAUUUAUUGUACCCGUUUUGAAGGAGAAUAAUAUUGUUAAUUAAUGUCGGUUAAGUAGUUGGUAUACUAGCCUGGCUAUUGUGUAAAUACGCCAUAUUACGGAACUUGGAACAUCACACAGUUUUCAAUAUAUUCGUGAUUUUUAAUUACUCUACCACUGAUAUGCAACACCUAAUGUAAAUUUAAUAUUUUCCAUCCACAAUGCGAUCCGUGACAAGGGUAAAAGGUAUAUGACCUCCGUCGCCUCCGCAUAUUUCUGUAGUUUGCACAAUCUUGGAACUAGGAUAGUUAUAGAUGCAUGGUGCAUUGAUACAGCAAUAUGUCAUUAGAAUAAAACGCGCAUAAAAGAACCAGUGGACUAUGAACCACAAAAUAUUAACGUACUUUCGUUGCAAGAGAAAGCAUAAAUAUUCCGGCAGGUACCUAUUUUAAUAUUGCAAAUGUCGGUUGUUCAUAAUCAACAAUGGUAAAAAGUCCAAGUUUUAGAGGUCGCGCGCGUUGGACGUAAUGUACAUUCAAUUAUCUGGCACUUUGAUAGUUCAUAAAAGACCUUCAAAUUGCGUUUCAAACCUACCAUUUUUGUGCGCAAGGGAUUUUUAAAGUGGUUUUAAAAAAACACUCUUGCUGCGCUUUUGUGAUAUAAUUCAUGCAGAUUCCGAAAUUCGUCAAUGUAUUUUGGUAGACUUGUUAUGUUCAAAGAAGCUGUUUUGAAGUUUCGGAUAACCGGUCAUGUUGAUUGUCAAUAUAAUUUGAAUUUGAAUUGUGCUUAUAGGGUAGGGUUGACUUUCUAGUUUCGCACAUUGUGGUUUAUUAAUUCAAUAUUGCUUGUGUGAUGUUACUCUGAGUGUAUAUAUAUAUCCACACCGGCCAAGCUUGAAAACUAUGCCUGGCCACGGUGGGUAGAGCGUUGGCCUAGUAUUUCCAAGGUCGUAUGUUCAAUUACCGCCGUUGGAAUAUACACUCAGAGUAACAUCACACAAGCAUCUUAUUCACUUGAGGACAUUAGGCCAACACAGCAAGUAUCAUGAUUAUUAGAGUACACUGACAUCAAAGGAACUAGACUCAGUUCCCGAAGGAACUAGACUCAGUUCCGAAAUAUCGCAUACUCGAACCGACCUGACCACGUAGCUCAGUUGGCAGAGCGUUGAGUUAGUAUUCCAAAGGUCGUAUAGGUUCGAUUCCCACCGCGACCUGGCAUAUUUUUCAAGCCUGCCCGGUGUGAAUAUGCACUCAGAGUAACAUCACACAAGCAGCUUAUUCACCUGAGUACAUUACACCAACACAGCAAGUAUCAUGAUUAAUUAGAUUACACUGACAUCGAAGGAACUAGACUCAGUUCCGAAAUAUCGCAUACCCGAACCGACCUGACCGCGUAGCUCAGUUGGCACAGCGUUGGGCUAGUAUUCCAAAAGUCGUAUGUUCGAUUCACCCCGUGGCCAGGCAUAUUUUUCAAGCCUGCCCGGUGUGGAUAUACACUCAGAGUAACAUCACACAAGCAUCUUAUUCACCUAAGUACAUUACACCAACACAGCAAGUAUCAGAAUUCAAUAUUGUUGGUGUUGCCACGUAUUUUAAUUGAUUUUAUAAUUUUGUAAAAAUAGCCAAUAGCGCAAGCUUGGAGCUCAUUUAGUCAAUUCUUGAGGAAUUCGAUCAUGUUCUUUGUAACAUUGCCGUUCCCUGGCUAUUUAAAUGUAAUCCCUAUUUAAAUGUUAGUGUGCCAAAUAAACUGUCACUUGAAUUUACCGCACAAAGCCUAUAGCUAAUAACGCAUUAGUUUUAUCUAUCUAAAUGUUGAUAACUGGGUCUGAUAUGAGACAGGCGUUGUCCUUUUGUUGAUUCUAUAAAGGACUAUAAAGGACUAACAUUCGUGAUACUAGAGACCUUUUUUGAAUCGAACAUCCUUGCUAUUGAUUUACUAACGUUCGAUUUCUUAUUUCGAACAGUAUGUCAGGUGUCAACGUGAUUUUUGGUUCCCCUAGGUUGGAAUAGACCGAGUUGAAUCGGCUUAACUGCCCUAAUUAGGUUGUAUUUUUCGUUCUCCAUGUAUUUAACUUUAUUUUGUAAGCAUGUCACAGCUUAAAAUAUAGUGGCAUUUCUUGGGCGUAAUUCUACGUUUUUCAUUUUUAAGCUCAAUAUCGAUCUGCUGGAGGUUGAGAAUUACAGUAACUGCUGGCAGCAAGUUCAUAUAUACAGUUCUGAACGUAUAUAUCAAUACAUGAUGCCGUCGAGCCUCUUAUGACUUAUGGUUAUUACAGUAAGUGUCACUUUGUAUUAACCCCUGUUUAUUUAGCACUAUGUUCGGCAAACCAAUUCAUCGUGGAGAGAGGAAGGGCAGGGGAGAUGCAGGGGGGGGGGGCACAGGAGCAGUCGCUCAGUAAUAUUAUUCACAACAUCUAAGUAAAAGCCGUCGGAUUUGAAAUAUAAAUUUUGCAUGUAUAAUUAUAUCCAUUUUUAAUGUAUAAGCACGUUCCAUGAAAGAAAAAUGGUAAUUGGAAUGCAUUUAUUUGGUAAGCUAAAGGUAUCCGGUUAAAUUCGAGGUAAAUGUUGGGCAUCCAACAUGCUGUAGACGUGACUUAGCCGCUCAAAAUAAUUCAUGACAAGCUGCAAUUGGCUUUAUUUUCAUUAACAUGUUUUUGAAAAGACCGCCCUCAGUGUUUUUUCCACCUGCUUAUCUCAUUAUUUAGUCACUUGCUCCACGACUGGCAUACAGUAAGCACGUUUUACAAUCUUGAUCAUGUUUAAAAUGCUAACAUUGACCAUACUGAUGCUGAUGCUUAGAAUUGCAAACAUCAAUGGACAGACCUGUUCUCCCAGGUAUUACGAGACAAUCAGAAGAGGUUAGUUUUCCGUUUUUAUUCAGUAAAUAAAAAUAUUGCCUCUAAAACAAAAUAAAACAUAUACAGUCAUGAUAAUCUUCUAUUUUCUAUAAGUUUCUAUUAACCAGUCGAAACUUUAAACUUUGGACUUUUUACUUUUACACAGCAGGUUCAUUUUUACCUCCAAAUGAAGUCAUAUCGAGUCACAAUGUUGGAAAUUCAGCUGUCCAGAUAAAGUGCUACAAUCUCUGUAAGAAAGAAACAAAAUGUGUUGGGUUUAACUACAGAAUUACAACAAUCAAUGUUGAAAACUGCCAACUGACCAAUGUUACUAAAAAGAGAGACACAACAGAGACAGGAGAUUGGACAUUAUUACGCGACAUUGAAGCGGUAGGUUAGAAUUUUCUUCCUUUACUUCACGUCUUUAAUUUAAUUAAUAAUAAAUUGCAUACGGCGCACUCACAAGUGAAUCAUUAAGAAACUACGCAAAACUUUACUUAAGCUAUUCUUCUACAGUAGGCAGGACCAUGCCUGUUUUUCAUACCAAGACGAUUGAGGUCAUUUUGGAGCCAGUCGCACAACAAGUUUCUCAACUUGAGGAGACUGAAAGCGGUCUGGUCAAUGAUCUUAAAUGCUGCUAA